AUGGGAACAAAUCCAGUGAGACUGGCAAAUGGAAGACUGCUAUUCAUGCCACCAAAUGGUGCCAACAUAAUCCAGGCAGGUCAGGGAAUCCCUGCUACUGUUAUUCAACCAGCAGGGAGCAUACAACAUGCACAGUAUGUAGGCCAGCUAGUUGGAAGCACCAACAACCAACCUCAACAGAACCCUCAGCUGGGACUGUUGGAGAAAUUCCUCAAAGUGGAGACCAAGACUCUGGGUGCCAUCCAGAUCUUGAUUGGAUUGGUACACAUUGGCUUUGGGACCAUUGCAGCUUUUAUUAAUAUAUCACACUUCUUUGCAUUGACCACCAUUGGAGGUUACCCAUUCUGGGGUGGACUGUUUUUCAUCACUUCUGGAUCUGUCUCUGUAUCAGCUGAGAAAUAUGCAACAAGAAGCUUGGUGCAAUGCAGCGUGGGAAUGAACAUCACAAGUACUGUAAUGUCAUUGGCUGGCAUCUUUCUAUACAUAGCAGACUUGGCUGCAUAUUAUCCUCCUCCUCAUGACAAUAAGAUAUACAGAAUGGCUAAUGGAACAGUGGUGGUUAUUCCCCAGAUUGGUGCCAAUGUAAUCCAAACAGGAGGGGGAAUCACUGGUACUGUUAUCCAACCAGCAGGAACAGUACAAUACAUACAGUAUGUAGGCCAGCCGGCUGGAAGCCCCAACAACCAACCUCAACAGAACCGUCAAGCAGGGUUGAUGGAGAAACUUCUCAAAGUGGAGACCAAGACUCUGGGGGCCAUCCAGAUCAUAAUUGCUUUGAUACACAUUGGCUUUGGGAGUGUCUCAGCUGUUAUUGCUGGUCUAGGAUACCUUUCUAUCGCUACUAUUGGAGGUUAUCCAUUCUGGGGUGGAAUAUUUUUCAUUGUUUCUGGAUCCCUGUCCGUGUCAGCUGAGAAGCAUCUAACCCCAGGCUUGGUGCGAUGCAGUGUAGGAAUGAAUAUCACAAGUGCUGUAAUGGCUGGAGUUGGGAUCAUUCUAUAUUUGAUACAGCUGUCUUUAAAUCCGUCUUAUCGAUAUAAUUAUGAUCCUGAUUAUGGUUAUGGUUAUGGUUAUUGGGCAACGCCUGUAGGUACUGGGCUCUCUGUCCUGCUCCUCUUGUUUAGCAUGCUAGAGUUCUGCAUCGCUGUUUCAACAGCACAUUUUGGGUGUCAGGCCGCCUGCUGUACCAAUGACCCGCCAAUGGUUUAUAUACCCUACACUGUCAGUGGAGUUGAGGCGGCUCCCACUGAAAGAAAUCUUCCUCCUCCUCCUCCUCCUGCUGCUGCUGCUCCUCCAGCCUAUGAUUCUGUGGAUUUUUCUCCCAAGAGAGAGUGAAGCAUCUGAAAGAGAAGUUAUGGGAGGUAUCAUACCAGCAAUCACAAGACGCUUGAAACUUUGAGAGUAAAAUAUAAUUGAUUUGCUUUUCUUUCUUUUUUGGCAUUUUCAUUUUCAUCAAUCUACCCAAACGAUGAGCUCGGAUUGCAACUUUUAGUAGAUAAACCAAUUAGAAAGUGAUGGAGCAAGCCCUCCCCAUUUCAGGUUCUCCUGAUCCCUCCCCACUACCCCUCUAUUUUCCAAAUAUAUCAAAGGUAAUGGGUGGUAGCACAGAGACUGCUAUAGGAACUAUGACCACUCAGAGCCCUAGGCACUGCGGUGAGGUGUGCCUAGGAAUGGGUUGUGAAUUUGAAGCAAGGGUUCUUAACCAUGUGAGCAACCCUGCUAGAACUCUUGCAAGCAGAAUCAAGGCAGGCACCAUCUCCUCACUUCUCUUAACAGUCACUUGAGUGCCCCAUUGCAGCCUCAGCCACCCCACCUCUCCUUUCUGUAAAGGCAAAAGAAAACCUUACCUUGGAGGUGACGGGGAAGUAAAGGUGACAUGGUCUCCCAUAGAGGCACAGUGCAGUCUUCCUCACUUGGUGUGCAAAGGAUGUUCCAUGUAUCUCUGGUUGUGCCCACCUCUGCUACCAGCUCUCUCAUCACCUUCCCCAUAGGUAAGUUCUUCUUGCCUUACGGGGAGAAGGCAGAGGUGCCAGCAGGCUUCGAGAAGGCUUUGAAAGUAAAUAGUCCAAGUGGAUAUUCAAAAACCUCCUUGAAGCUUUUCAAGUGUCUGAUUGGAACAUUCAAAAAUUCCUGGCAUUGUGGAGGGUGAAAAGAAGACAGAUUAUUCAUCCCUACCCAGAACAGCAUCCAGAGCCAGUCUAGAAACAGUAGGAAAUAUGGUUCCGAUGAUAUUGAUUUGCAUGCUCAUCUACAGCCUAACUGAGGCCCCAUUACUUAUGGAAUCCUCCAUUCAACAAGAAAGUAUCUUCAACACAGAGCUUGGAAAAGUUAUUUUUUUGAACUACAGCUCCCAUCAGCCCCAGCUAGCAUGGCCACUGGAUUGGGCUGACGGGAGUUGUAGUUCAAAAAAGUAACUUUUCCAAGCUCUGAAUUAUUUCCCCUUCAGAUGGAAUUGAUUGAUUGAUCAUUCAAAUAUAAAUUAUACAACUGGUUGACUACAAAUGCUUUCACUGGGAGACAUUCCGACUUUAUGCCCAUCCAUGUCAUCUUUGCCAAUAAAACUUUGAAAUGAA